AUCGCCUGCUGUAAAUAUAUUUUAUAAUGAGGUAGUUAUUCGUAUAUAUUGCAUUUGUAUUAUUUCUUAGUACAAUGUAAUACAACAUCUCUUAAUGUAUAAACGUUAAACAUUCCUACUGAAGGUAACUAAAAAUAUAUGUAGAAUUACUUUAAUUAUAAUAAUAUCAUAAUGAGAAUAUAAACAGAAAUAUGUAAAAGCAAAAAAAAUAAAGAACUCGUUUAUAGCGAUUAUGAGUACAAACACGAAACGAACUAUUUAUGUGGGAGGCCUAGCCGAAGAAGUAGAUGAAAAGAUAUUGCACGCAGCGUUUAUACCUUUUGGUGAAAUUGUUGAUGUUCAGAUACCACUAGAUUAUGAAUCGGAAAAACACAGAGGAUUUGCAUUCAUUGAAUUCGAAAGUGCUGAGGAUGCGGCAGCAGCAAUUGAUAACAUGAAUGAUUCUGAGCUAUUUGGAAGAACAAUAAGAGUUAACAUUGCCAAACCACAGAAGAUAAAAGAAGGUUCUUCUAAACCUGUCUGGGCUGAUGAUACAUGGUUGCAAGAACAUGCUGGUGAAACCCUCAAAAGCGAUGAUAAUGCUAAGUCAGGAGAAACAAUACAGACCAAGAAAGGAAAACAAAAUCCUCAAGUUUAUUUUGAUAUUAGUGUUGGAAAACAAGAAAUAGGUAGAAUCAUUAUGAUGCUGAGAGCCGAUGUGGUACCAAAAACAGCUGAAAAUUUUCGUGCAUUGUGUACUCAUGAAAAAGGAUAUGGCUACCAAGGAAGCACUUUUCACAGAAUUAUUCCUGAUUUUAUGUGUCAAGGAGGAGACUUCACAAAUCAUAAUGGAACAGGUGGCAAAUCAAUUUACGGAAACAAAUUUGAUGAUGAGAAUUUCGAGUUGAAACAUACAGGGCCUGGUACCUUAUCUAUGGCAAAUUCUGGUACAAAUACAAAUGGCUCACAAUUUUUCAUAUGUACAGCUCGUACAGAUUGGCUAGAUGGAAAACAUGUUGUCUUUGGACAUGUCCUUAGUGGUUUAGAUGUUUUAAAAAAAGUCGAAAAAUUUGGAACAAAAUCUGGUACUCCUGCACAAAAAGUAGUGAUAACAGCUUGUGGAGAAUUAACUUAAAUGGUUAGAAACUUAUUUUUAUUAAUGUAUUAUAAUAAUGUAGGCUUUGUAUUAAAGAUACAAAGUUAUUAAUAAAAAUUAAAU